AUGGGUCUAAGAGCGGCCAGCCUCUUCCUCCUCUGGCUGGCUCUUUCCUCUGCUAGUGAAAUAAAAAAAGGAAGGACAAGAAGCCAUGGCCACUAUGUCUGCAGCACUUGGGGAAACAACCAUUUCAAGACUUUUGAUGGAGACAUCUACCAAUUCCCUGGCCUUUGCGAGUACAAUUUUGUUUCCGACUGCCGAGAGGCUUACAAGGAAUUCUCUGUCCACAUCCAGCGUGCUCUCAACAGCAAUAGCCAUCCUGAGAUCCAGUAUAUUCUGGUGAAAAUCAAGGAUAUAACAGUCUACCUCAAACCCAACCUGGUUGUGGUGGAUGGGCGAAUUGUGAAGACACCUUACUACGCCUCUGGUGUCCUCAUUGAGAGCAAUGAAAUUUACACCAAGAUUUAUGCCAAAUUAGGCAUGGUUCUGAUGUGGAACCAGCAGGAUGCCCUGAUGGUGGAGCUGGACAGCAAAUUUAAUAACCAUACCUGUGGUCUCUGUGGGGAUUACAAUGGCAUUCAAAUCUACAAUGAGUUCAUCAAGGGAGAUACAAGCUACAACUCAAUUACAUAUGGGAAUAUGCAGAAGAUCAGCAAACCAAAUUCCAAAUGUGAAGAUCCAGAUGAAACUCAGGCUCUUCCAAGCUGUAAUGAGCAUCGUGACGAGUGUCAGAGGUUGCUGACUUCCCCUGCAUUUGCUGAUUGUCGGCUGCGUCUUAAUUUGGAAAUGUACAUCCAAGCCUGCAUGCAGGACAAGUGUGCCUGCAAUGGGAAGGACGACUCCUUCUGCCUCUGCAGCACCAUCUCUGAGUAUUCCCGCCAGUGCUCGCACGCAGGCGGCCGCCCGGGAGAAUGGAGGACACAGAGCUUCUGCCCCAAGACCUGUCCUGCUACCAUGGUCUAUAGCGAAAGCAGCUCACCCUGCAUGGAUACUUGCUCACACUUGCAGAUCAGCAGCCUUUGUGAGGAGCACUACAUGGAUGGCUGUUUCUGCCCUGAAGGAACUGUGUAUGAUGAUAUCAGUGAAAAAGGCUGCAUCCCUGUUAGCCAAUGCUACUGCAAACUUCGUGGAAAGACUUAUGCGCCUGGAGAAAGCAUUUCCAAAGAAUGUGAAGAAUGCACCUGUAAUUCAGGCAGAUGGACCUGCAAAGAUCUACCCUGCCCAGGCACAUGCUCAGUGGAAGGAGGUUCCCAUUUUACCACCUUUGAUGGGAAGAAAUACACCUUCCAUGGAGACUGCUACUAUGUGUUGGCCAAGGGUACUGCAAAUGAGAGUUAUGCUCUCCUGGCAGAACUGGCUCCCUGUGGCUCCACAGACAAACAGACCUGCUUGAAGACUGUUGUGCUGUUAGUGGAUAACAAAAAGAAUGUGGUAGUUUUCAGAUCAGAUGGCAGCGUGCUCCUGAAUGAGAUGACAGUGAAUGUGCCUCAUGUGUCAACCAGCUUCUCAGUAUUCAAGCCAUCUUCCAACUACUUUGUUGUACAAACUCCUUUUGGGCUUCAGAUGCAGAUCCAGCUGUUUCGAGUCAUGCAGCUGUUUGUGACUGUGGAUCAAUCAGUUAAAGGAAAACUUCAAGGUCUUUGUGGAAACUUCAAUGGAAUGGAAGGUGAUGACUUUAGAACAACCAGUGGGCUGAUUGAGGCUACAGGAUCUGCCUUUGCUAACACAUGGAAAGCUCAGUCCACCUGCACAGACCAGGUAGAAAAGCUGGAAGACCCCUGCAGUCUCAGCAUUGAAAGUGCAAAUUAUGCUGAGCAUUGGUGCUCUUUGCUGAGAAACACAAAGGGUCCUUUUGCAAGAUGUCACAUAGCUAUUGAUCCUUCAGAAUACUAUAAGAAAUGUAAAUAUGACACCUGCCUCUGUGAAGACAAUGAAGAAUGUUUGUGUGCUGCCCUGUCCUCUUACUCAAGAGCCUGUGCUUUCAAAGGGAUCAUACUGGGAGACUGGAGAAAGAGUGUUUGCAGUAAUGAAGCAUCUUCUUGUCCAGGAAAUCAAGUCUUCCUUUACAACCUUACAAUGUGCCAGCAAACCUGUCGCUCCCUUGCUGAUGGUGAAAAGUAUUGCUUGCAAGACUUUGCUCCUGUGGAUGGCUGUGGCUGCCCAACCAAUACAUACUUGGAUAACCAGGAUAACUGUGUGCCCAUCUCCCAGUGCCCAUGUUAUUACAAGGGAUCAUACCUGGAACCUGGGGAGUAUUUCACAAAAGAUGGAGAACGCUGUGUUUGCCGAAAUGCAAAGAUCCAGUGCACUUCAGUGAAAUUAAGAAUGAGAAGUGAAGAAGAAUGUUCUUCUAGCAAGACAUACUUUGACUGUAAUGCAUUCUCGAAGUGGACUUCCCAAACACCUCUACAACUUAGCUGUCAUACUCCUCAAAGCGAUCAUUUCCAGACUGAGUGUGUUUCAGGCUGUGUGUGCCCUGAAGGUCUAUUUGAUGAUGGGAGAGGGGGCUGUGUUGAGCAAAAAGAUUGCCCAUGCAUUCACAACAAUCAGUGGUAUUCUUCUGGAGACAAGAUAAAAGUGGACUGCAACACCUGCACCUGCCAGAAAGGGGUUUGGAAAUGCACGGAGGAUGUGUGCUAUGGGACUUGUAUGAUAUAUGGAAGUGGCCAUUAUAACACUUUUGAUGGGAAAUUCUAUGACUUUGAUGGGAGCUGUGAAUAUGUGGCUACUCAGGACUUCUGUGGUGACAAAAAUUCCAGCGGCUCAUUCAGUAUCAUCACAGAGAAUGUCCCUUGUGGAACUACAGGAGUCACCUGCUCAAAGGCUAUCAAAAUGUUCCUAGGGAAAACUGAACUGAAAUUGGAGAACAAAGAGUACAAAGAAAUUCAGCGAGAUGUUGGUGAUGAUGUGCAGUAUUGGAACAGGACAGUUGGCCUGUACCUGGUUAUUGAGGCUAGCAAUGGUGUGAUGCUGAUCUGGGACAAGAAGACUACUGUUUUCAUCAAGCUGAGCCCUGAUUACAAGGGCAAAGUGUGUGGUCUGUGUGGCAACUUUGAUGACAAGGCAAACAAUGAUUUUACAACAAGGAGUGGACUGCAGGACAAUAAUCCUCUGAAUUUUGGAAAUUCAUGGAAACAAUCUCCCAUGUGCCCAGAUGUCACACAAGAGAUUAAGCCCUGUGAUCUGAAACCACACCGGAAGUCCUGGGCAGAGAAAGAAUGCAGCAUCAUCCAGAGUGAAGUCUUCAAAAUUUGUCACUCCAAGGUGGACCCACUUCCUUACUAUGAGGCUUGUGUUCAUGAUGCCUGCUCCUGUGACAGCGGUGGGGACUGCGAGUGCUUCUGCUCUGCAGUUGCAGCGUAUGCCCAAGAGUGCAUCAAGGCUGAGGCUUGUGUUUUCUGGAGAACUCCUGAUAUCUGCCCGAUAUUCUGUGACUACUACAACCCUCGCAAUGAGUGUGACUGGCACUAUGAGCCUUGUGGCAGUAAUAUCACAACCUGCAGGAUGAUCAAUAAUGUCAGCACCAACUUUACAGUACCAUUACUGGAAGGUUGCUACCCCAGAUGCCCUAAGGACAAGCCUAUUUAUAAUGAAGAGACAAAGCAAUGUGUGACUGGAGAUCAAUGUGGAUGUUACCUCGAGGAUGGAACCUACAUACCCCCAUGGCAACAAGUACCCACAGACAAAAACUGUACAACAUGUGUCUGUGUCCCGUCAGGAUCCAUAGAGUGUAAUCCAGUCCCAGGAUGUCCUUGUGUCAUCAAUGGAACGAGUUAUGAAGAGGGUGCUACUGUGGGAGUUGUACAGGACGGCGACAUAUGUAUAGGAUACGUUUGUGCAGAAAAUGGCUCUGUAGUCCCUGGUGAAGUCUAUCCCUGUCCAACAUCUUUGCCUACAACCAUUUCAACCUCCUCCCCUCACAGUACUCUUACCACCACCACCACCACAGUUUCCACUACAAGCCGUCCAGUCACUACAACUCCAUGCAUUGUCACAGAACUAAUCUGUGAUUGGACGGAGUGGUUUGAUGUUAGUAAACCUGAAGAAAGUGGUGGUGACUACGAAACAUAUGAUGAAAUAAGAAAACAUGGGAACAAGAUAUGUACAGCUCCUGAAAAAAUUGAAUGCAGGGCUAAGGAUAAACCUGAUGUGAGCUUAGAAGAACUUGGUCAGAAAGUAGAGUGCAAUGUUACAUAUGGGCUAAUCUGUAAAAAUGAUGAGCAAGAUGUAACUAUGUGGCCACUUUGCUAUAAUUAUGAAAUCAGAGUAAACUGUUGUGAGUGGCAAGAAAUUCCUUGUGAGCAUACAACUACACCUACUAUACCUUCAACUUCAACCACCACCCAGACAACAAUAGCCAGCACCACUACAAUCAGAGCUUCAACAGAAAUUACCACCACGCCCAUAGACAUCCAUUCCACAACAUGUGACCCCAUCUCCACCCACACCGAGCACACCAAAAUCGACAACCACUCCCUCACCGGAGACUCUCACCACCACCACCAGCACCCUGACAACAACAACCACUACUACUGGAUCAACAACACCCACCUCGACUACUUCAAGCACAUCCUCACCAACACCAACAUACACCACCACCACACCAACUCCAGGUACUUCUCUGGACUGUUCUCUGAUGUGUUCCUUUGCUAUGGGAGAAUUGAAGGCACACCAAGCACAGCAUCCCCUACAUCGGAAUGGACAACCACUUCCACAUCACCAGAGACUCUCAGCAGCACCACGACCAGCACCAGCACCAGCACCACCACCAGCAGAGCACCGACAACAACAACUGGUUCAACAACCCUCCACAUUCCUCCACCGUGUGAGUGCAUCUGGACAGACUGGAUCGAUAUGACUUACCCAGAUGCUUCUGACAGGAAUGGUGGUGACUACGAAACCUUUGAGAACAUUUACAAGAAUUACCCCUCCUGGGAUUGUGCGAAAGUUGAGAAUAUUUCAUGCCGAGCAGAGAAAUUCCCUAGCUAUUCCAUUGCAGAUUUAGGGCAGAAAGUGGAAUGUAAUGUCAACGUAGGGCUCAUCUGUAACAAUAAAGAUCAGCAGAUAGGAGGUAUAAUACCGAUGCCAGUCUGCCUCAACUACGAGAUCAGUGUCUGCUGCACCCCCAACAAACCAGAGUGUCUUCCAAUUCCAAGCACCACAAGCACCACAACUUCCACAGCUUCCCCCACAACGAACAGUGUGUCUCCUCCAAUAUCAACCACCGCUCCAACGUCAACAUCAGUGGAGACUCCCAGCCCUACCACCACCACCACCACGAGCACGAUGUCCCCCAGCAGCACCACCAUUAGUGGCAGCACUUCACAGACAACACCAACUGCUCCUGUCUCAACAACACCCGUUUCAACUACUUCAAGCGCGUCCACGCCCACACCAACAUACACCACCACCACCACACCAACUCCAGGCACAACUCCAUCCACACCAAGCACACCACAAUCGACAGCCCCUCCCUUGCCGCCGGAGACUCUCACCACCACCACCAGCCCUCCAAGCACAACCACAACAACAACAACAACAACACCAACAACAGCAACCACGGUUACUGGAUCUUCAACGAGUGUCUCAACUCCUGGAAGCACAACUCCAUCCACACCAAGCACACCACAAUCGACAGCCCCUCCCUUGCCGCCGGAGACUCUCACCACCACCACCAGCCCUCCAAGCACAACCACAACAACAACAACAACAACACCAACAACAGCAACCACGGUUACUGGAUCUUCAACGAGUGUCUCAACUCCUGGAAGCACAACUCCAUCCACACCAAGCACACCACAAUCGACAGCCCCUCCCUUGCCGCCGGAGACUCUCACCACCACCACCAGCCCUCCAAGCACAACCACAACAACAACAACAACAACACCAACAACAGCAACCACGGUUACUGGAUCUUCAACGAGUGUCUCAACUCCUGGAAGUCUUGCUCCAGUGUUUAGUGAGCUGUUCAGGCACAACUCCAUCCACACCAAGCACACCACAAUCGACAGCCCCUCCCUUGCCGCCGGAGACUCUCACCACCACCACCAGCCCUCCAAGCACAACCACAACAACAACAACAACAACACCAACAACAGCAACCACGGUUACUGGAUCUUCAACGAGUGUCUCAACUCCUGGAAGCACAACUCCAUCCACACCAAGCACACCACAAUCGACAGCCCCUCCCUUGCCGCGGAGACUCUCACCACCACCACCAGCCCUCCAAGCACAACCACAACAACAACAACAACAACACCAACAACAGCAACCACGGUUACUGGAUCUUCAACGAGUGUCUCAACUCCUGGAAGCACACCUCCAUCCACACCAAGCACAGUGUCCACUACAGCACAAUCAACAGCCCCUCCCUUGCCGUCAGAGACUCUCACCACCACUGCCAGUACCACGAUGCCCCUCAGCAGCACCACCAGCGUCAGCACCCCGAGCACGACACCUGUUACUGAGUCACCAACACCCACCUCAACUACUCCAAGCACAUCCACACCCACACCAACAUACACCACCACCACACCAACUCCAGGCACACCUCCAUCCACACUGAGCACACCAAAAUCGACAACCACUCCCUCACCACCGAAGACUCCCACCACCACCACCAGCCCUCCGAGCACCACAACCACUGGUCCUGGAUCAACACCAACCAUCUCAACUCCUCAAACCCCACCUACAAAGACACCAGGCCCACCAGAACCGCCAAGUACUCCCACUCCAACAGCAUCUGAAACUCCCAUCAUCACUUCCAGCACCACGAUGCCCCCCAGCAGCACCACCAGCAUCAGCACCCCCAAGACAACAACAACAACUGUUACUGGCUCAUCAACAACCUUCUCAACUACUUCAAGCACAUCUACACCCAUAUCAGAAUGGACAACCACUUCCACAUCACCAGAGACUCUCAGCAGCACCACGACCAGCACUAGCACCAGCACCACCACCAGCAGAGCACCGACAACAACAACUGGUUCAACAACCCUCCACAUUCCUCCACCGUGUGAGUGCAUCUGGACAGACUGGAUCGAUAUGACUUACCCAGAUGCUUCUGACAGGAAUGGUGGUGACUACGAAACCUUUGAGAACAUUUACAAGAAUUACCCCUCCUGGGAUUGUGCGAAAGUUGAGAAUAUUUCAUGCCGAGCAGAGAAAUUCCCUAGCUAUUCCAUUGCAGAUUUAGGGCAGAAAGUGGAAUGUAAUGUCAACGUAGGGCUCAUCUGUAACAAUAAAGAUCAGCAGAUAGGAGGUAUAAUACCGAUGCCAGUCUGCCUCAACUACGAGAUCAGUGUCUGCUGCACCCCCAACAAACCAGAGUGUCUUCCAAUUCCAAGCACCACAAGCACCACAACUUCCACAGCUUCCCCCACAACGAACAGUGUGUCUCCUCCAAUAUCAACCACCGCUCCAACGUCAACAUCAGUGGAGACUCCCAGCCCUACCACCACCACCACCACGAGCACGAUGUCCCCCAGCAGCACCACCAUUAGUGGCAGCACUUCACAGACAACACCAACUGCUCCUGUCUCAACAACACCCACUCCCAGCACCACCAGCACCAGCACCAGCACCCCGACAACAACAACCACUGUUACUGGAUCACCAACGCCCACCUCAAGUACUUCAAGCACAUCUUCACCAACACCGACAUACACCACCACCUUAUCAACUCCAGCCUCAUCUCCACCCACACCGAGCACACCAAAAUCGACAACCACUCCCUCACCGGAGACUCUCACCACCACCACCAGCACCUCGACAACAACAACCACUACUACUGGAUCAACAACACCCACCUCAACUACUUCAAGCACAUCCUCACCAACACCAACACCCACCUCAACUACUUCAAGCACAUCCUCACCAACACCAACAUACACCACCACUACAUCAACUCCAGGUACUUCUCUGGCCUGUCUGUUUCUUGCUCCCUUCCUCCCUACAGGAACACAGCCACCCAUAUCGACAACCCCAUUCACUGGAACAGGAUCAACCACCAAGACCACCACUUCAGGCCCCACACCCUCAGUGUCCACUCCCCCCACCACCACAGUAGGAACAGAAAUGAGUACCCCAACCACAACCUCUGCAACUGUUACUACUCCAACAACAUCACCUACAUCAACCAGCCCUGUGCCAACCACCACCUCUGGUACUACUCCAACAGAAAGCUUUACCACCACUUCAGGAACCACCUCUAGUAGUUCUAUCACAAUCAAUGCAACAACCAGCAUCUCCACAACCUUCAAAACCCUGCCCCCUGUCUCAACUACUACAUCUGGGCCUACUGCAACAUCAACUGCAGUCACCACUACAGGAAGUUCUACACACAGUGCAACUCCUCCAGUUAAUGGCUCAACUACAGGUUUAACACCAACCACUCCCAAAAAAACUUGUACUAUUUUCCCUAAUGAAACUUAUGAGCAAGGUGACUCGUGGAUGCUCUGUAACUGCACGAAGGUUAUAUGUAUAGAAGACAACAUUGUCCAGGUGAUUCCAAUAAUCUGCAAUCCACCCCCGAAACCCACAUGUGCCAAUGGACUGUCUCCUGUGCCAGUCAUGGAUGAGGAUGGAUGCUGUUGGCAUUGGGAGUGUGAUUGCUACUGCACUGGCUGGGGAGAUCCACAUUACAUGACUUUUGAUGGACUGUACUACAGCUAUCAAGGGAAUUGUACAUAUGUCCUUGUGGAAGAGAUCAAUAAGAAAGUUGACAACUUUGGUGUCUACAUUGAUAACUACCAUUGUGAUGCACGGGAUGUAGUGUCCUGUCCUCGAACACUCAUUGUGAGACAUGAGACUCAGGAAGUGAGGCUAACAACAGCACAACCAAAUACUCUACAAGUAGAGGUGACAGUAAACAACCAGCUCGUGGCUUUGCCUUACAAGAAGUUUGGUGUGAGCAUCUACGAGUCAGGCAUAAAUCGUGUUGUGGAAAUUCCUGAGCUGAAAAUGAAUGUGACAUACAAUGGCUUGUCCUUUUCUAUCAGAAUGCCCUACAGCCUGUUUGGCAACAAUACCCAGGGACAGUGUGGUACUUGCAAUAACAACACGGCAGAUGACUGCAUGCUGCCAAAUGGAAACAUUGCAGAAAACUGUGAAACCAUGGCAGAUCAUUGGCAAGUCGUUGAUCCUUCCAAACCACAGUGCUCUCCAGGCCUAGUUCCCACAGGUUCACCCAGCACAGCACCAAUACAGCCUUGCAAAGAAUCAUCCAUCUGCGAGCUUCUUUUGGGAAGUGUGUUCAAGCCAUGCCAUGCAUUUGUCCAGCCUGAGAAGUACUACGCAGCCUGUGUUUUUGAUAGCUGUGUGCUUCCCAACCUAGACCUGGAAUGCUCUAGUCUGCAGAUCUAUGCUGCCAUCUGUGCUGAUCAAGGCGCGUGCAUUGACUGGAGAAAACACACCAAUGGUGUAUGCUGUAAGUAUGAAUGUCCUUCAGGUAAAGAAUACAGAGCAUGUGGUCCUAUUAAAGAGAUGACCUGCAAAUCAAGAGGACAGAAUGAGACUUCAACUAAACAAGUGGAAGGCUGUUUCUGUCCUAAUGGAACCAUGCUGUAUGACUCUGGUGUGGAUGUCUGCGUGAAAACCUGUGGCUGUGUUGGAGUGGAUAUGAUACCAAGAGAGUUUGGAGAAAAGUUUACAGUGGACUGUCAGGACUGUAUUUGCCUGGAAGGUGAACAUGGCAUUGUAUGUGAGCCUCAUGUAUGUGAUCAAAAGAAGGUCACUUGUGAUGGAGAAGGCUUCUAUGAGGUCACUGAAGUCAAUCCUGAAGACUCCUGCUGCCCUCUUUUCACUUGCAAAUGCAAUACAAGCUUGUGCACAGCUAAAGCCCCCAAGUGCUCACUGGGAUUUGAAGUUCAUUCUUAUAUUCCCACGGGUCAGUGCUGUCCUGUAUACCAAUGUGUUCCCAAGGGGGUUUGUGUACACGAGAAUGCUGAGUUCUUGCCCAACUCCUCAGUCUUUGUUGACAAGUGCCAGAAUUGUGUCUGCACAAAUGAUGUUAACGUCAGCACUCAACUGAAUAUCAUCUCCUGUGAGCGUGUCCCCUGCAACACAUACUGUCAACCAGGAUAUGAAAUUAAACCAGUGAAAGGUGAAUGCUGUGGAAAAUGUGUGCAGACCAAGUGUAUUAUACAGACAGCAGACAAUUCUGAACUCAUCUUGAGUCCUGGAGACUUUAAAAAUGAUCCUCACAACAACUGCACCAUUUAUAGCUGUGUAAAUGUCCAUGACCAGCUUAUUGCUUCCACAUCUGAGAUUACCUGUCCAGCAUUCAAUGAGGACAGCUGCAAACCUGGAACUAUUUCAUUCUUACCUAAUGGCUGUUGCAGAACAUGUGCCCCUCUGGACAGCAGCACACCAUGCUCUGUGCGCCACAGAAAAGACUUUAUCGUCUACAAUGGCUGCCGCUCCGUGGACAGAGUUGACUUGACUGAAUGUGAAGGAACAUGUGGAACCUUCUCGCUAUACUCUGCUGAGGCCAAUUCUAUGGACCACAGCUGCUCCUGCUGCAGAGAAACAAGCACCACUGAGAAGCACGUGGUUCUGAAAUGCCCUGGUGGGCAUGCAGUGUCACACAAGUACAUCUAUGUGGAGAGCUGCAGCUGUCAAGACACCGAAUGCAAGAGGCCGGUGUCCGAGGAGCUGCAGAGCAAUUAA